UUUCGAAUAAAUAAUUUAUUUCCCUAAUAACUAUUUAGCUUUGAAAAAAAAAAAAAAAACCUUGAGAUUCCCCUUCCUCUCCCUCCUUUCUCCCAAAUCUCUCUCUUUGCUGAUUGCAAGUCCCUAUAUUCUCUCUUCAUUUAAUAUGGGUUUUCUCCCCUUAAUGUCUUAAACAACAGAAAAGAAAAAAAUUUCUAUUUUUCCUUGUUUCUUUUGAGUUUUCUGGGGUUUCUGUAAUCUGGGUAUUUCUGAAAAUGGGGAAAAACCAAGCCUAUAAGGCUAUGCAAAGAGCCAGGCUUGGCUCUACCUCUGCAGGUCCUGAAGAGAUCGAUGAUGGCAUGGUGGAUGGUUCUUUUCAUUCACCAGAGUGGCAUGCUGCUCGUUUGGCCAGCCUUAAAACAUCUCAUACGGUUACAUGGGAAGAGUUUAAAAAGAAACAAAAGGAAGAUGCGUUGAGAAAGGGGGAAUUAGAAGCAGAUACAGAUCGACUGAUGAGAGAGUAUAGAGCUCAGCUAGACGCUGAAAGGGCACGCAAGCUUGCACAUGGUAGAAACCACUCCAGCAGUAAAUCUAGCCAUAAAAAGGAUCGAAAAGACAAAGAUGCAAAGAAAUGCAGCAGCAGAAAGAGAAAGCGUUCAAGACGGAGGUCUUCUGACUCUAGCUCCUCCAGUUCAUCCUCGGAAUCUCCAAGCAGUGAUGAUGAAGGGAGAGACUCAAGAAGAUCGAAGUCCAAGUCUAAGAGAGAUAAGAAAAAGAAGCACAAAUCAAGAAACAAGAACUCAAGCACUGACAAUGAAGAAGCUGAAGGUCCUGUGCCACUUUCAAGAUUUUUUGAGAAUGUGAAGAGUUAAUGGCAUGAGAAAGAUACUGUUUAUGUACUUGAUACAGACUCCCUGCAGUAGAAAAUAAUUUUUCUCCCAUCCUUUCUGAAUUAAGAGCUUGUGCCUUUGUUUUUCUACGUUAGUUGGCGUUUGAUUUCUGCUUUCUGCAUUUCAUUAACUUUGAUCAAUCGUAUGAUAUGGAUUUGUUGAAACCUGUUAAAUUUCUUCCACCAAUCUCUCUUUCUAGCCCGAUUGCAUUAAAAAGCAUUCAAUGGUACUCCUGAAGUAGGCCUUUGGACUCAUAAUUAUUACUGCUAACAUACGACAUGAUAUAAUUGAUCAUCUGUAGAGUAGCCAUUGACGAAUUUAAGUGGUGAGAAACAGUGUUGCUUCAUGUCAAUUGUUGACUCCAGUUGUACCUGGCCGCUGGCCCAUCUUAACAUUAUGGGCUUGUAGACAGGUGGUUUUAACGGGUCUUCUAUUCCUUACUUGUCAACAGCAUCCAAGUAUCAGCAUCACACUCAACCAAGAUUCUACAAGCAUGAUCGACAACAUGAUAUCAUGUAACUGAGUCAAUGUUACAUGCAUGCCAAGUAUAUCUUCACUUCUGACACAUAAUAGAUCGCCAGUAAUGGAAAAACAUUUAAAGAGGUCGACCCGAAAAGCUGAAACUUUGAUUGAGUCCUGCCUUUACAAAGAAAGAAGGGAGGAGGCUGUACGACGAAAGGAGCUACACUCGAUUAUGAAUGUCUUGGAGAUUCAACAGAUAGAACAACAAAAGAAAACAAGACAGCCCGUACAAACACCAAUACAACUGUUAUUGUUUCCUGCAUUC